AUGAAACAAAGAGUUAAGUUGGACGAUGACGAGUCUGACGCCGACUUGGAGAAUACUAUCACCGCUACGUCCGCCGUCGUGUGCGUCGCGCAGGUGGCGGAAAACGCGAAUAUAUCUACCAAAAAAAAUAAAGGCGACGACGACGUGGAUCUAGAUAGUAUAAAAAUUUCUAUAGUAAUUCCUGAGUUCGGUCCUAUUCUAUUAACGGACGCCGAUGUGUCAAACGCGUGGGGUGAGGAAUAUGCCUGCCGAGUACGCGUAGUAUUAGAUAAGUAUUCGCUAUUCUUCCGUCCGGAGCUGGGACAUUUCAAGGGGGAAGAGAUGGGGAUACCAUUCCAUGAUGAACGUGAUGUCAAAGGUCUGAAGCAAAACCCUUAUUCGCUGACACCUGCGACGUGUCAACACUCGUAUAAUAAUGCAUAUCCGUUGCCACGACAAGACGACGUCCUCAGCGCACUUGGCGGCUCCAUAGUGUUUACUUCGUUAGAUAUUACGAAGAGGUACUUUCAGCAACCAGUCAGACGCGAGAAUUGUUGGAAGACUGCUUUCACCACUCCACACCGUGGUCAUGAGUAACUGACAGUUGCAUCAAUGGGGCUUGCGUCUUCCCCAGGGUUCUUCCAAGCAAAAAUGGAAUCCAUUUUAAGCCGUUACUUAUGGGAUUUUGUGCUUGUUUAUAUCGACGACAUUAUAAUCUACAGUCGGGACAUAGACGAACACCUGAGACACCUAGAUACUGUACUCGAGAUGCUCCAAGCAAGCGGGAUAAUGUUGUUCUUGUCUAAGUGUCAUUUCGCCUAUCCGUCUGUUAAGCUGCUCGGCCACCACGUAUUGCGACUUGGUAUUGCUACUACAGAUGACAAAGUCGCUGCUGUACGCCGGAUACGUUUUCCGACUACUGUGGGUGGUCUGGAAACUGGUGUCGCGUUUUUCAACUACUAUUGACGCUUCGUCGAAUACUUCGCGUUGAUGGCCGAGCUGUUACACAAGCUUAAAGCCUUGCGGCUGCGGGCGGGACUGAAGAAAGAUUAACCACGAAAACUCCAAAGUAUGGAAGCAUGGAAUACUAUCCGUGCCUGUCCGAUUUCUGCUCUAAUACUUAUAUAUCCUGAUUUUUUGAAACUGUUUAAGUUCUAUGUCGAUGGGAGCAAGAAAUGGGGAUUCAGUAUUAUUAUAUACUAAAUUAGUAGAGAUAAUAUUAAAUAUCUAAUUAUAUAUCUGUCUAAGAUAUUAUUUUUAGUAGAAUAAAACUACAUGGUAAUAGAGCUCAAAUGCACCGCGCUGAUUUGGGUGUUAAUAAAGCUAUUCUAAUAUACUGAUAGUAUUAUAUUUAUUAUUAUAAUAAACCACUUCGUAUUAAUUAAUAUAUUCUAA